AUGCCUACCCUGGGCUUCCUCAAGAAGAAGCGGACCAAGGACUCGAACGGCUCCAAGGACCUCGAUUCGCCGACGUCGCCCGUCAAGGACGCCCACUCGCCCAUCACGCCCACGACGUCGCGCAAGUCGGGCUCCUUCCACCUGCACAAGACCAAGACCAACGAGUCGCUGACCAACACGGCGAGCAACACCAGCUCCACGGCCCCGGCCGCGCCUGCCGCCCCCUCCAAGCCGUCCGACUCGAUGAACCCCGCCUACGCCCACCAGCAGCAACACCAGCCGCCGACGCCCUCGCACAACGUCCCCAGCAUACAGAACCUGAUACACCCCAGCAACACGCCCGCCCACGCUGCCGCCCCUAAGCAUGCCGGCGCCGUCCAGUUCCAGACGCAGCCCCUCAACCAGGCGCGCGUCACCAAGGGCAAGUACUCGCUGACCGACUUCACCAUCCAGCGCACCCUCGGCACCGGCAGCUUCGGCCGCGUCCACCUUGUCCAGUCCAAGCACAACCAGCGCUUCUAUGCCGUCAAGGUGCUGAAGAAGGCCCAGGUCGUCAAGAUGAAGCAGGUCGAGCACACCAACGACGAGCGCCGCAUGCUGCAGCAGGUCAAGCACCCCUUCCUCAUCACCCUGUGGGGCACCUUCCAGGACUCCAAGAACCUCUACAUGGUCAUGGACUUUGUCGAAGGAGGCGAGCUGUUUAGUCUGCUGCGAAAGUCUCAGCGCUUCCCCAACCCCGUCGCCAAGUUCUAUGCCGCAGAGGUUACGCUCGCACUCGACUACCUGCACUCGCAUAACAUCAUCUACCGCGACCUGAAACCCGAGAACCUGCUGCUGGAUCGCCAUGGCCAUCUCAAGAUCACCGAUUUUGGCUUCGCGAAAGAGGUCCCCGACAUCACAUGGACGCUGUGCGGUACGCCUGACUACCUGGCGCCAGAGGUCGUCGCGUCAAAAGGCUACAACAAGUCCGUCGACUGGUGGUCACUUGGCAUCCUCAUCUUCGAAAUGCUCUGCGGCUUCACUCCCUUCUGGGACGGUGGCUCCCCCAUGAAGAUCUACGAAAACAUCCUCAAGUCGAGAGUCAAGUACCCACCCUACAUCCACCCUGACGCCCACGACCUGCUGCAAAAGCUCAUCACACCCGACCUCACCAAGCGACUGGGCAACUUGCACGGCGGCAGCAAGGACGUUAUGAACCACCCUUGGUUCGCCGAAGUAACGUGGGACCGACUACAAAAGAAGGAUAUUGAUGCACCCUACGUGCCACCUGUGCGAGCUGGCGUUGGCGAUGCCAGCCAAUUCGAUAAGUAUCCGGAGGAGACGGAGGCAUACGGUCAGGCAGGAGAUGACCCGUGCGUGCAGAGUCCUCCUUAUACUGUAGACCACAUUCUGACGUGUCCGAAUAGCCACGGGCACCUAUUUCCCGACUUCUAA